AUGGCUGACGCGAAACCGCGCCUGCGCAGUGAGGAGGCGAUACAGGAGGCCAAGGUACAGAGAGCCAACAAGCUUGCCCAAUACUUCCGCAUUCUCCCGUGUCCCUUCACUCAGCGGUGCAACCUUGCAUUCAAGUUCUGUGAUUGCAAUCUAAUUGCUGUCUCCUCUGUGUCAGCAGAGUCUCUGGGGUCAUGUGCUUUGGAGAUUGGCGUGCCUCAUCACGGUGGGUGGUUCGACUUCUCUGUGUUGCUAUGA